AUGGCUCGUCCAUUCCGCGCUCCAGAAGACAUUAUGCUUCCACCGAGUCCUCCGGAACCUAUAGAUGCCCCAAAUGAUGAAUCCUACAACCAUGGCGUUGAACAAACAACUUCGCAACACUACGGAAUAGCGUCCUCGAUGGCCAGCAUCGCAGAUGCAGCUCCUCAGUUACAUAUUCCACCGCCCCGGACCCGCAGCCCUUUAGCCAAAGCGCACUUUCGUUCACGCUCUUUUGCUGGAUCGCCAGCAGCUCCGUGCAUGACCCGUGCUCAUUCGUCGCCAGGUCUGGACUCUCGAGGUCGAUAUUCUCUUGCAGGCAGCCAAGUUAGACAUGAUUUACCUCUUCGGCGACCAAGUCCACUCCGCACCUCUUCAGAGGAAACUACAUACCCUGCUAUCAAUGGCUUGAACAUUUCUGAGCCAAUAUCAGAACAGCCGGAACUUCAGGGCGUCAAUGGGUCACCCAAAGCUCAUCUCGAGGUGGUUUCGCUGUCUGGUUCGUUGUCUCCCGGGAUUCAUAGCACCUUUCCUCGAGUAGCUCGUCGUCGACCUUCCUCACCGCUUAACCCAUCGUCUACUACGAGCACUGGCUGCUACAGGAGCAGUAGUCCUUCGCCUUCGCAAUCGAACCUAGUCAUGUCAGCGCGAUUCAACGAACCUUAUCCGUCCUACUCCUUUUCUUCCAGUUCAUCAAUGCCCUCCACCCCGUCUAGUGUGCGCUCGCGCAGUCCCAGUAUCUCGUCUCUUGAAACAAUACCUGAUAUCCCGGACGCUGAAGCUGCGGCGAUAGAAGCAGACCGCAUCGCAAAACUUAAAGCUGCUGCCGAUAAAGCUGAUGAAUCUGCCGCGAGUACUGAUCCGAUUCGGAGACGGAGUGCAUUGGAUAUUCAAAAUUCGUCUAAUCCACGAUUUGGCUUGAGUCGGAAACGUUGGAGUGUCUGUGGGGCGGAAGGGAGACAAGAUCUAGAUCUUGAGACGAUUUGGGAAGAUUAA